UUUAAUCAAUUUUGGUUCUUCUGUUGCAACAUUCAAAUAAGAUGUUUGCCAACAUCCGUUACAUUCCUCGGUUUGGCACCCAUGUAAAACGCAUUUUCUCGUCCAAGCCGACAAAUUCUCCCAGCUGUGAAUCGGGUGACUGCAAAAACGAAAACCUUGUACCGCCUCUGAUUGGUUCACUUAUUCAGAAUGCCAUCAACGAUCAGAUUAACGCCGAGCUUGCGGCAGGUUACACUUACCUCUCCAUUAGUUAUUACUUUGCCAAAUCGACCGUUGGUUUACUGGGCUUCUCAAAAUUGUAUCGCGACAUGUCCCAGGAAGAACUUGAUCAUGCCAAAUCCUUGGCUCGGUAUCUCCUGGAAAGAAAUGGCUCAGUGGACCUUAGUACCAUAAGGAAACCACCCAGUUGCAGUUGGUCCAACAUCAGCACAACCCUAAACGAAACACUUAGAUUGGAAAACAACGUAUCGGAAUCCUUGUCCAAAUUGUAUCGCUUGGCCGAACAGCAAAACGACCCAACAACUGCUGAUUUCAUCGUUACGGAAUUCUUCAAGGAUCAAAUUGAAUCCAUUCGAAGUGUUAACUUACUGGUGGCACGUUGGCGAACCCUAGACAAAGCGCCUGAUGGAGUAUAUCUGCUUGACAAGGAAUUAAGGAUGAAAAAAGACUAGAUGAUAUUUGUAUAUUGAUAAAUUUAAAUUUUAUUUCUGUUAAAAGAUUGCACAUCAGCCCGUUUUAACUUGGAUUAAAAUUAUUU